AUGGCCGACAAACAACCUAGCCGCGGAAUGGUCGCUUUUUCAGUCACUUUCUAUAUCACUACGGCAUUGAUAAUGGUAUUCGUGAACAAGUGGGUACUGAAUAGCGUCGAUUUACCCUUUUCUUUACUUUGGUUCCAAGUUACUUUUGCGGUAAUUCUUUUACACAUCUCGGCAGCUUUUGGUCUCUUUAGAUUGCCAGUAGUGCAAAAGGAUAUAUGCGUUGGUCUAUUGCCACUUGUCCUCAUCAAUGUUUUGGGAUUAAGUUUUAAUACAGUAUGUCUACAAUAUGUAGAUGCCAGUUUUUAUCAGGUUGCUCGUGCACUAGUGCUUCCCUUUACAGUUUUAUUUUCUUAUAUAUUUCUUAACCAAAGAUCAUCAUUGAUGGUUCUCUUGUCAUGCUUUAUUGUCUGUGCGGGAUUCUUUGUUGGUGUGUCUUCAGAGCGUUUAACACUAUCUAUGCUUGGAGUCUUUUUUGGAAUAUGUUCUUCUGUUUCUACAGCUUUGCACGCGAUUGUUAUAAAGAAGAGUUUAGAUAUUGUUAAAGGCAAUACUAUGGAGUUGGUUUAUUAUAACAAUCUUUUGAGUGCUAUCGCAUUUAUACCUGUAAUCUUACUAGCGGGAGAACAUGAUGAUAUUUUCAUGCUAUUUUCUGACUCGAAUCCUACUAGUGAAAGUAAAUCCUCUGCUAGAACUUUUUUCAUCGGUAUUUUUGUUACGGGACUCUUCGGCUUUUUGAUAAACAUCGCGGGAUUUCUCCAAAUCAAAGUCACAUCACCCGUGACACACAUGAUUUCAUCCGCAUUCCGUGGCGUUGUUCAGACCAUACUUGGUGCACUUUUAUUCGCAGAAAUUUUGACUAGUGGUCGUGUUGGUGGUAUAUUUAUAAUCCUUUUAGGAAGUUGUUUAUACACAUGGUCCAAGGAUCAGGAGAAUAAGAGACUGAAAGAAUUUCAAACUUUUGAGAGAUUAGAAAAAGGAGAAUCCAACGAGAAUGAAAAUUUUAAUAUAGGUGGAAAUAAUGAGAAAGAAAAUGUGUAA